GCAGCUAAGAAAAUGGCCAGAGGAAAUUCCACCCUUGUGACCGAAUUUGUUCUCUUGGGAUUAACAGACUGUCCAGAGCUUCAGCCCAUCCUCUUUUUACUUUUCCUCCUGAUCUAUCUGGUCACUGUGGGGGGGAACCUCGGGAUGUUGGUAUUGAUCACAAUGGAUUCACGCCUCCACACCCCCAUGUACUACUUUCUUGCCAGUUUGUCCUGCUUGGAUUUGUGCUAUUCCACUAACGUGACUCCCAAGAUGUUGGUGAACUUCUUAUCAGAGAAGAAAACCAUCUCCUACGCUGCUUGUUUAGUCCAGUGUUAUUUUUUCAUUGCCAUGGUGAUUACUGAAUACUACAUGCUGGCUGUAAUGGCUUAUGAUAGGUACAUGGCCAUCUGUAACCCUUUGCUUUACAGCAGCAAGAUGUCCAGAGGGCUCUGUAUUCGCCUGAUUGUUGGUCCAUAUGUUUAUGGGUUCCUUAGUGGUCUGAUGGAAACCAUGUGGACCUACCGCUUGACCUUCUGUGACUCCAAUAUUAUUAAUCACUUCUAUUGUGCUGACCCUCCCCUCAUCCAGCUCUCCUGCUCUGACACUUUCAUUAAAGAGACAUCCAUGUUUGUAGUAGCAGGAUUUAACCUCUCCAACUCCCUCCUCAUAAUCCUCAUCUCCUACAUCUUCAUACUCAUUGCCAUCCUGAGGAUGCAUUCUGCCGAAGGCAGGUACAAAGCUUUUUCCACCUGUGGGUCCCACCUGGUGGCAGUGACUAUAUUUUAUGGGACGCUGUUCUGCAUGUAUGUUAGACCUCCCACGGACAAGUCAGUGGAGCAGUCUAAAAUUAUUGCUGUUUUCUACACUUUUGUAAGCCCUAUGUUGAACCCCAUCAUUUAUAGUCUGAGGAACAAGAAUGUGAAACAAGCUUUUUGGAAACUGAUCAGAAGAAGUGUACUUUUGAAGUAA